AUUGACCGGCCAGUGUAUUUUACACCGCCGAACAGUAAACAGUGUCACUCGUAUUGUUUAAAAUGUUUAAAAUUAUAAGGGAUGGUGGCAUCAGGUGCAAAGCGAGGAACUAUUUGAAGAACUUUGGAUCAGAAAGUCGCACGCUUGCGACGACACAAGAUCUAGUGUCUUCAGCCGAUGUUGUCAUUGUCGGGGGAGGAAUAACUGGAUGCAACACAUUAUAUCAAUUAACCAAAAGAGGCGUAAAUGCAGUUUUGUUGGAAAGAGCAAAACUGACGAGCGGCACAACAUGGCACACUGCUGGUCUGGUAUGGUCUUUGAGACCCUGCGAUCUGGAAGUAAAGUUGCUGCAGGACUCACGGGCCGUGUACAGUGGACUCGAGGAAGAGACUGGAGACUACGCUGGCUGGAUCAACAAUGGCGGCAUGUUCAUAUCCCGGAGUAAGGUCAGAACGCAAGAGUACAUGCGACUUCAUACCCUGGGCAAUGCUAUGGGGAUCCCGAGUCAAAUACUAAGCCCUGAGGAAGCUCAAAAGCUGUUCCCGCUCUUGGAUCCUUCGAUCUUUAAGAUGGCCCUCUACUCUCCUCAAGACGGUACCAUCGAUUCAGCUAUGGCGUGCAAUGCACUGGCCAAAGCUGCUACAAAGAAUGGAGGAAAAAUAUACGAAGAGUGUCCAGUUGUGGACAUCCAUUAUGCUCACAACAUCCUUGGCAACAAACACGUGGUAGGAGUCCACACUGAGAAGGGCUUCAUCAAGACCAAAUGUGUCGUCAACUGCGGAGGUGCGUGGGGCCCUCGAGUGGCAAGGUUUGCUGGCGUCCCUGCCCUGCCCCUCAUCCCGUUCAAACAUGCCUACGUCGUAUCGGAUGCCGUGCCCGAGAUCCGCAACUGCCCCAACAUUAGGGACCAUGACGUCAAUCUGUACAUUAAGAUUCAGGGCGAGAGUUGCCAGAUUGGAGGCUAUGAGCCCAACCCGCACAUGCUUGACGAGGUGCCGAACAACCUCCAGUUCCACCUAUACGAGCUAGACUGGGAUGUGUUCGGUGUUCACAUGACCAGCGCCACUAACCUGUGCCCCAAGCUCGCCCACGUCGGAAUCAAGAGCACCGUCUGCGGACCAGAGUCCUUCACGCCGGACCACAAGCCUCUGCUGGGCGAAGACCCGAAUGUUUUCGGUCUUUAUCACAACUGCGGGUACAACUCAGCUGGUAUGAUGUUCUCCGCGGGGUGUGGUAUUCAAAUGGCUGAGUGGAUCCUCAGUGGAAGGCCAAACUACAACAUGUUCACAUUCGACAUCCGCCGGUUCACGCCGAGCCAGAUGUCGCGUGCGCAUUGGGUGCGCGAGAGCAGCCACGAGGCGUAUGCGCGGAACUACAACAUCGUGUUCCCUCACGACGAACCACUCGCCGGCCGCGAUGCUAGCCACGACGCGUUGCAUCAAGAGUUGGUGGAUGAUGGAGCUGUGAUGCAGUCGCGAGCGGGGUGGGAGAGGCCUGCUUUCUUUAUGGAAGGGGAAAAAGUCCGAGUGCAGCCAUAUGACUGGGGCGGCACUCACGACUACCCGCGAAACCUCGACCAGCGAUACGAAGAAGUACUUAAAGGCGACCAUACUUUUGACUUCUCCAAACACCAUGCACGUAUCGGCCAAGAAGCGCUGGCGUGCAGAAACGGCGCGGCUCUCUUCAACAUGUCUUACUACGGCAAGUUCUACUUAACAGGACCUGAUGCUCGUCGCACUGCGGAAUUGGCUUUCACUGCCAACCUGAACAAUAGAGACGAUAGAGUUGUAUAUUCUCUGCUGCUGAAUGAGAAGGGUGGAGUCGAAGCUGAUGUGACCGUCAGUGUUCUGGACGGAGGCAGUGGACAGCUGCAUGAACCUAUUUUCAAGGGUCGCGGCUACUACGUGGUAACCAGUGGUUUCAACGCCAACCACACGCUGGCUCACCUGCGGCGCAUCGUGCAGACUCACAACCUGCGAGCCACCAUCACUGACAUCUCCAAACAACUCUGUGUCCUAAGCAUACAAGGACCACACAGCCAAAGAAUCCUCCAGCGCUACACGGACGCUGGGCUAUCAAAUGACGCUUUCCCGAUGAACACACACCGCAGCAUCCACGUCUCAAAAGCACCGUAUUCCCCUGAGAAUAAGAAAUACACUUGCCGUGCUCUUCGUGUUAGCUGGGCCGGCGAAUUGGGCUGGGAACUACACGUGCCUUCUUCGAAUGCUGUUCAGGUGUACAAGGCCCUCAGAACUGCCAAAGAUAUGAAAAAUGCAGGCUGGAGGGCGCUUACGUCACUCAGUGCUGAGAAAGGAUAUCACCUAUGGAACGCCGAUUUGAGGUCUGACGACAACCCGGUGGAAGCCAACCUUGGGUUCGUUUGCCGCAAAGAUGGAGACUACAUAGGUAACGAACACGUCACGAGAGCCAGGAAGAACGGAGUCACUAAGAAAUAUGCCUAUUUCACAUUGGAAGACAAGGUGGCAUUAUUUGGGCAAGAAGCGGUAUACAGAAACGGCGAGCCUGUAGGCUAUUUACGAAGAGGAGAUUACGGUUACUACCUCGACAAACCCAUUGGUAUCGGUUACGUUAAUAACAAGGGGUCUGAAGUGACGAAGGCUUUUCUGCAAAACGGCCAAUAUGAAAUCGAAGUCAUGGGAAAGAGGUACCAGGCGACUCUCCAUUUAAAAUCGCCAUUCGACCCUACCGGUCAAAGACUUUUAGGAAACUAUGGGGAGCAAGGAAUGGAUGAGAACACUCAUGAACCUCAUGCGGGACAAAACGAAAGAGCUGGUGGUAGCGAGUAGGCAUGGCAAGGUGAUCACACGCAUUUAUUAGGUUGUUUGUAAAUUAUUGUAAUGUAUUAGACGCGUCCCAAGGCUGGUUGUAGUCAAAUAAUGUAAAAUUAUAAAUAAUUACUUGAACGUUCAUUAAUAGUAUAAUGUUUUCAAUUAAUCUUCCCCUUGCAGAAUUUAUUUAUUAAAUAUCUACGUACGUUAAAUGAAUAAAUAAUAUUGUUAAGAGAAAUGUUUUAAUAAAUUUAUUGAAUUUGUACCAAA